CGCGCUCGGCCCCGAGGGCAUGCGGCAGCAGCAGCGGUCCCGGUUCCCGGGCUCGGCGGCGCGGGCGAGCGUGAGCGGAUGUUCAGUUCUUCUCCACAAUGAAUGAGUGUUACUAUGAUAAGCGGAUGGACUUUUUUUAUAAUAGGAGCAACACUGACACUGAUGAUGAGUGGACAGGAACGAAGCUUGUAAUUGUUUUGUGUGUUGGAACAUUUUUCUGCCUGUUUAUCUUUUUUUCUAAUUCUCUAGUCAUCGCAGCAGUGAUCAAAAACAGAAAGUUUCAUUUCCCCUUCUACUACCUGUUGGCUAACCUAGCUGCUGCAGACUUCUUUGCUGGAAUUGCCUAUGUGUACCUGAUGUUUAACACUGGCCCAGUUUCAAAAACUCUGACUGUCAACCGGUGGUUUCUCCGCCAGGGACUUCUGGACGCUAGCUUAACAGCCUCCCUGACCAAUUUGUUGGUUAUUGCCGUGGAAAGGCACAUGUCAAUCAUGAGGAUGCGGGUCCACAGCAACCUGACCAAAAAGAGGGUGACUCUGCUCAUCUUGUUCGUCUGGGCCAUCGCCAUCUUUAUGGGGGCUGUGCCCACGCUGGGCUGGAAUUGCCUCUGUGACAUCUCUGCCUGCUCUUCCCUGGCCCCCAUUUAUAGCAGGAGUUACCUCAUUUUCUGGACUGUGUCCAACCUCAUGGCCUUCUUCAUUAUGGUUGUGGUGUACCUACGGAUCUACAUGUACGUAAAGAGGAAAACCAAUGUCUUGUCUCCGCAUACGAGUGGGUCCAUCAGCCGCCGGAGGACACCCAUGAAGCUAAUGAAGACGGUGAUGACUGUCUUAGGGGCCUUCGUCGUGUGCUGGACGCCCGGCCUGGUGGUUCUGCUGCUCGACGGCCUGAACUGCACGCGGUGCAACGUGCAGCACGUGAAAAGGUGGUUCCUGCUGCUGGCGCUGCUCAACUCCGUCAUGAACCCCAUCAUCUACUCCUACAAGGAUGAGGACAUGUACAGCACCAUGAAGAGGAUGCUCUGCUGCUUCUCGCAAGAGAAGAACCCGGAGAGGCGGCCUUCCCGCCUCCCUUCCAUGGUCCUCAGCCGGAGCGACACGGGGGGCAGCCAGUAUAUGGAGGAUAGCAACCGAGGCCCCGUCUGCAACAAAAGCAGCUCGUAGCCUCGACGCCCCUCCGCCCACCCCGGCCUCCAAGGGGAGAAGAGGUAUUCGGAAUGGUUACCUGCCUCCAACAAAGCCUGCGUACAGUGUUAUUUGAGCGCUUAAUGAAUCAUUGGGAAGUUUGUUUUAAAAAUGGUUUUACGUCAAGUAAAAGCACGGGCAGAAGAGAGAGGACACGUGCAUUUAGAGAGAAUGCACAGAAAGAGGGACGGUAGCACAAUGGAUCCCCACCUGAGGCCCCGUGACCUUCUCGGAGCACCGCCACCGCCCACCAGGCCGUGCGUUCUGGUCUCUGCCGCCAUCUUGUAGGCAUUCUCUCUUGUUUUCAAAGGAUGUUGUUAAAGGGCUUAGGCCAAAAUAAAUAAAAACGUUACUUGAGCCACUA